UAAAUUGAACGUACCCAGAGUGCGCCUCGGUUUGUCGACGUGCGGCGUGCGGAGUUAUUGAGCUCUCAUAACACCGAGAGUGCUUGGUUGGAGGUCACUUAUUACGUGUUUAUUCUUUUAAAAGUGGACACUACGGUGAGGUGACGGGAGGACUGAAAUGGUGUUUCUGACGCUCUCUUGUUGGAUCAGAAGCCGAGGACCCGACAGAUACUGGAAGGUCCAGGAGGUCCUCAAGCAUGCACGGCACUUCAGAGGCAGGAAGAACCGCUGCUACAGCCUGGCUGUGCUGGCUGUCAGGAGGGCGUUCGUGUACGCCACCAAAGCUCGGAAACUCAAGAAGCGCAACAUGAGGACGCUCUGGAUCUCACGGAUUGCUGCAGCAACACGAGAGCACGGCAUGAAAUAUCCCGCCCUCAUGCACAAUCUGACUAAGAGCAGCGUCCAGCUCAACCGUCGCGUCAUCAGUGAUCUGGCCAUCACAGAGCCUCGGUCGUUCCUCUCACUUGCAAAACUGGCAAGGGCUCGGCAACAAGAAGGCUUCAGGGCAGCACUGGGUGACGGCAAAGAGCCUUCUGGUGUGCUCUCCCGUGUCGUUAUGCUGCAGUAAAGGUUUUUUUUGUUUUGUUUUUUUUGGGGGGGGGUUAAAGAACAGCGUUCAUUAAAAAAACAAACAAACAAACAAAAAAAAUCGACCUGACACAGACACCUCAUUUUAGGAUUUCAUCAAAAUGUGUUUAUUGUAUGAUUCGUUUAAAGAAUCGUAUUUGUGUGUGGUGAUUCUGCAUGAUUGCUUGAUCAGGGAUCCGGCUUGAAAUCGAGCUGUAACACGGGUCGUCUGUUUGGGAAAACUGAGGAAUUUUACAGGCCGAUCCAAAAGUAAUUGGUUUUGUGACACUUCUGCUGGUCCUGUGCUUCUUGUUGGCUUUAUAUUUGAACAAGUCAUUAUAAGGAGUCUCAUGUUAACGAGCUUUCCACUGAUCUCUUGUAUAAAUUA